UUGUUCUCUUUGCAUAACAAAGAUCAUGCGAAUUCCCUGAGAUCCAGACAGAUUCAGUGCCUUUUCAACUGCUGUAGCUCAGCUCUAGAUGUUUAGUGUAUUGAAACAAAGGCAUACAUAUGAAGUGGAUGUUUAUUAUUUGGUUAUUGGUACCUAUGGUUAUUCAGGGGCAACAAGAUCUCAUAGCACAAGAAGAGAGAGGGCAUUCUAAUGGAAGUAUGAUAAUGCCUCAAAGUAAUAUGACUGAACUAAGCAAUAAAUCUGAAAUAACCAAUGGUACUACUCUCUCAACCACUGAGACAUCUUCAACUGUGUUGACAGAUUCUGUUUUACCACAGAAAGGAGCAGCAGAGGCAGAACAUCACUCAAGCAUGAGUAUUUUCUUUGUUUUAAGUGUCAUUGCGGUAUCUACACUGUUGGUUCAUUUCAUACUUCAGACAAAAUUCCAUUAUCUACCAGAAAGUGUUGCUGUUGUGUUUCUUGGUGCAUUGAUUGGUCUUUUUUUAAAGCUGAUUUCUAGUCAACACCUAGGGAACUGGCAGAAAGAGGAAGCCUUUAAUCCUACGGCCUUUUUUCUUAUUUUGUUACCACCUAUCAUAUACGAAUCUGGUUAUAACUUACACAAGGGAAACUUUUUUCAAAACAUAGGAUCAAUUUUGAUUUUUGCUAUUAUUGGAACAACAGUAUCUGCCUUAAUAGUUGGAGGUGGAGUGUAUCUGCUUGGAUUGGCAGAUGUGGCAUAUCGGCUUAACUUUACAGAAAGUUUAGCAUUUGGCUCUCUGAUCUCAGCUGUUGACCCUGUAGCUACUUUGGCCAUAUUUCAUGCCCUGGAUAUUGAUCCUAUUCUCAAUAUGUUAGUGUUUGGGGAGUCCAUUUUAAAUGAUGCUGUUGCUAUUGUACUUGCAACAACUGUUUUGGAGUCUUCCAAACCUGAGAUGGCUACCCUGAGCACUAGUGCAGCAGUUCUUCAUGCCAUAGGCCGUUUUUGUAUGAUGUUUUUCGCUUCUGCAGGAAUUGGUGUUGCAUUUGCUUUGAUGGCUGCUUUGUUGUUAAAAUAUAUUGAUCUACGUAAGAAUCCAUCCUUGGAAUUUGCCAUAAUGUUAAUCUUUAGCUAUGCCCCUUAUGGUUUGGCAGAAGGCCUGCAUCUUUCAGGAAUAAUGGCAAUCCUUUUCAAUGGAGUAGUUAUGUCCCACUACACUCAUUUUAAUUUGUCUCCUGUAACUCAGAUCACCAUGCAGCAAACCCUGAGAACUCUUGCAUUUAUAGCUGAAACUUCAGUGUUUGCCUACUUGGGUCUUGCCAUUUUUAGUUUCCGUCAUAUUGUGAAACCAUCUCUCGUGAUUUGGAGCAUUGUGCUGAUAUUGAUUGGCAGAGGAGCUAAUAUUUUCCCAUUAUCUUUCCUGAUGAAUUACUUCAGAGAACACAAGAUUACCAAGAAAAUGAUGUUUAUUAUGUGGUUUAGUGGAUUACGAGGAGCGAUUGCCUAUGCCUUGGCACUGCACUUGGAGUUUGAAAAUGAAAAACGUCAUGUGAUGGUGACCACAACAUUAAUAAUAGUGUUGUUUACCAUUUUAGUACUUGGUGGUUCCACAAUGCCUCUCAUGAAGUUUUUGAAAGCUGAAAGAAAGAAUCGAAAAAGAAGAGGCCAAGAAAAAGAGAUUUCCCUGAGUAAAACUAAAGAAAUGGGACAGACAAUUGAUGCUGAGCACCUGUCAGAACUGACGGAAGAAGAAUAUGAAGUAAAUUUCAUGAAAUCGAAUCUAAAAGGUUUUGUUCGAUUAGAUGUCAAGUAUCUUAUUCCCUUUUUUACAAGAAGAUUCACUCAUCAGGAGGUGAAAGACUGUAAGACCCAAAUGACAGACUUGACUAAUCAAUGGUAUCAGGCAAUUCGAGGUCCAUCAGAAACAGAAGAAGAGUCAGAAGAAACAUUAAUGUGAUUAGAUGUAUGAUAGAUUCUCUGAUAACUCAAAUGUAUUAUCUGUGUGUGGUUGUAAUAUAUUCUUCAUGAUUUGGCUAUUGCACAGGUUUUUGGUUGUAUGGUAAUCUUUAUGUGUGAUGAUAACACGUUUUCUUGCAUUAGAUUCUCAGCGAAAGUUAACUAUAGCACUAACUGCAUGUAAAUUAUUGAAUGUGUCAUUUUCUUUAUAGGUUAAUUGUAUUUUUAUGAUGUUUAUAAUAAGCAUACUGUGGUACAUAUAUUUGAUUAUGAUAUUUUAUUGAUAAAUUAAUGGUGAUGGAUUUGUUUAGUUCAUAAUUUUCCAGAUUAAUUUAUUAUGGUGGUGUGAUUAGUUGUAUAGUCAUCUUAAGAAGUUAGGUGUAGUGUCUGUAAUUUUAUGUAAGAUGCUUUUGUUAUGUUUGCUAAAACAUUUUAUAAGAUAUCUGAUGAUCUGGUUAACUAUAAUAUGUAACUAAAUUUAAUGUUGAUAUGUUCAUUGUCAUACAUGUAAUUGAUCUUUUAUAUAAAUUGAAUUUUGAUUGAAUGCAUAGUGUUUAUCUGAAGUCUACUGGAGUACAUGAUGAAUAUCUUAGCUUAGUUUCCUAUAAACUUAUGUAUGAUGUUUAAGACUACAGGAACAUGAUGGAUAGUGAUAUCCUGGAUUAGUUGCCUAUACAUUUAUGUAUGACAUUUGUCUUAAGACUACUGGAAUACAUGAUGGACAGUGAUAUCCUGGAUUAGUUGCCUAUACAUUUAUGUAUGACAUUUGUCUUAAGACUACUGGAAUACGUGAUGGAUAGUGAUAGUCUGGAUUAAUUGCCUAUAAACUUACAUGUAAUCUUUUUCUUAAGGUUGCCUUGUUAUGUGAUUUAUAGUGUGAUGUGAUGAUAUUUGUACAGGUGAGGUUCUGAAUUUUUCAGACAUUGUACAUAAAAUCUGACUGAAUGUUUGAUGUUCUUGAUGAGUUGAUCAUGAUGUGUGUAACUGGAUGUUUGGCAUUCUUGAGAAGGAAACUAUGGCACAAGCUCAUUAUUUUUACAUUUACACCAUAACAUUCUUCUAUAUCAAUAUUUGUAAAAAUUAAAAUUUGUCAGAGUUUGAUGGUUAAGUAUGCCAUUUUUUGAGAAUCACAUUGAAGGAUUUAUGUUUUUUGGUAACAGUUUAAAUAUAAUAGAUAAUCAGAAUGCUUUAUUACAUGUAAACCAGAUCAAAGCUAUGAAAAAGAAAAAUUAGUAGAAAUACAACUGUUAAAGGUUUUCAUUAAACUUCAAUUUGUGUCAACUAAAAGUAAAAAACUAUAUUAAUAUUGAAUAGAGUUUUAUGUUAAACCUUUAUUUUAUAAACACUUCACAAAGUGUUUUAUUUCUAUUUUGUCAGAUGCCAAUGUUAUACUUUACAUGUUUUCACUGAAUCCUUUUUUUGCAUUCACCUUCUUGUCUAAUUGCUCAUAUUUCCAACACUGUCCGUUUUAUCUAUCAUUUUCAAAUGAUUACGAAUUUAUUGAUUGUUUGUUAUAUCCCAGAGUGCUAAAGUAGGAAACAUAGGAUACUGUAAUCAAAAGACUUCUUAUGAUAUAUGCAGAUACAUAAAUUUGUGUUGAAUUUCUUGACGGUCUUUAUGGCUGUGUAAUUGUGUAUUGGAGAAAUAACUGUAUUAUAAUCUGUAGUGCAUAUACCUGGUACAUAAAGUUAUAUAUUGAGAUGAAGUUAUUUUGUACAACUCAGAAUUAAAUUUGCCAUUUUGUAUAGUGGUAGAACUUUG